GACGGCAAGCGCUCAAGUCAACUGUCGCUCGUCGGAGAUCCCAUCUCCAGGCCGUACAGCCAAACCGACCCCAAUACCGUACAGCCUAUUCGACUUGCAGCAGCAAAGAACAAGAUGCAUCAAACAUCGUCGAGGUUACUCCGUAUGACGGACGAUGACCGUCCUUUUACUCGGGACUUCAAGGAUCUGUUCUCCACUCUGAUUGUCAGUUUGCUACCUCUCGGCGCACAUCGCGUUCGCUUGACAAGAGUUGAACAUACCUUCCUAUCCGAAGAUGCGAUCAACAACCUUGGCUCGCUCAAGUUUUCGCAGUCCAAUCGGAUGCCGGACCCCAAGGACCCCUCGCGCAUCGUCACAACCACCACCACAACCACUUUCUCUAUGGCCAAGGAUAUGGCGAGGUCAAUAUGUCAGCGCUUUGUGGAGGCAAGAUUCAUCGAGUCUGCUGAUGGCAAGCUGCAACAGGUUUAUACCAUGAAGGGCUCUGUGUGGCAACUAACAUCAAAAGGCGUCGCUAUUCUGGACUCUUUCUGCUCACGUAACGGUAUUCAGCAACGACAAAUUGGAGACUUGGUUGCUACAGGAGUUAGCCAAUUGGUCAUUCUGGAAAGAGAUUCUCAAUCCGACAAGAUUGUCAUGGACCGCGGAACUAUGGAAGUCGUGUUUAGACGUUUCUGUGGUGCUAACGGCCUUAACCUCAAAUCCAGUGUCAGCUCUGCCGACUCAGACUCGUUAAGCGAUUACCGAGACGGCAUGACGGGCGUCAAGAUGGCUGUGGAACGGAAAAUUACUGGCAAGACGUAUAAGGAGACUUUUACCGGCAAAGGGUGCUCGGACUGGCUGAUGGAUUGUGCAACGACGGUCGACCGCCGAGAAACAUACGAAAUGGCCUCGCUAUUCGUAGAGUAUGGUCUUAUGGAGUCGGUGCAACAAGACCGAGGCUGGAUGGCAAACUCCCCGUCUGGCGCCAUGUUCCAGCCAACCAAGAACGCCAUCUACACCAUGACCGCUCGAGGCAGGGAGGUUUUCAAUGGCGCCGGCGGUAGAGGCCGUACUUCGGAGAGUGAAAGCACCGUCUCGUCGCGUCCAGGCAUAGCCCGCGAUUCCAACACGCAGCGCCUGGACAAGAUCCUCAACGAUGCGGCUUUGAGACUUUUGUUCCGCGAGAACCUGCGUGAGACUCAUUGCGAGGAAAACCUUUCCUUCUAUCUCGACGUUGAUGAAUUCGUUCGAGGAUGUCGACAGGCAAUUCGCUCGGCCCAGAAGAACCCCAACGCCACAUCGAUGGAUGGGAUCAAGGAGAUUAUGGCCCAGGCAUACGGCAUCUACAAUGCUUUCUUAGCGCCUGGGUCUCCUUGUGAGCUGAACAUUGACCAUCAGCUCCGCAACAACUUGGCCACUCGUAUGACCAAAGCUGUAGGACAAGACGUGGCUAUGAUCGAUACCUUACAUGAAGUAACGGCGCUAUUUGAGGACGCCCAGAAUGCCGUGUUCAAAUUGAUGGCAAGCGACUCGGUGCCAAAGUUCUUGCGCAACGCCAAGUACGAAAACACUCUCAAAAACUACGAUUUUGAUGCUGUCACGCCAGCCACUGGCCGAAUUCCGGAAAGAAGCCAGAGCCGGUCGAACCGUACUGCCAAAUGA